UGUGUUUAUAUUUUCCUAAGGGGUGGAAACGUCAUCGCCUGCAUCCAAUCCGGAACGCAACGUGUCGAUUCUUUUGGCUGUAGAUUCCAGUCGGACGCAUAAACCAUUCAAUACGAAGCGGCAAUGGCAGCUCUGAGGACGGCACUCCAUGGACGGUUCAGUAAGUCCUUCCCCCUCACCUUGGGGUCCUUGCGUUUCGCCAGCUCCUCUUUCAAGGCCUCAGAACUCACCAUUGAACGCAGCAGCGUAAACAGGCCCAAGCCUGACCCCUCCUCCCUGGUGUUUGGCAAGCAGUUCUCUGACCACAUGCUCACCAUCAACUGGUCAGAGAAAGGGGGUUGGGAGGCACCCCAAAUCAAGCCCUUCCAGAACCUCUCCCUGCAUCCUGCUGCCUCUGCACUGCACUACUCCAUAGAGCUGUUUGAAGGGAUGAAGGCCUUCAGAGGGGUCGACAACCACGUCCGCCUCUUCCGACCCAUGCUGAACAUGCAGAGAAUGUACAGGAGUGCGGAGAGGAGCUGUCUGCCUCUGUUUGAAAAAGCUGAGUUAUUGGAGUGCAUCAAGAAGCUGGUGGAGGUGGAUCAGGAGUGGGUUCCUUACUCCACUGACGCAAGUCUCUACAUAAGACCCACGUUCAUCGGCACCGAGCCUUCCCUGGGGGUGUCGAGGGCAUGUCAUGCCCUGCUGUUUGUCAUUGUGGGCCCUGUGGGACCAUACUUUGCUACAGGCUCCUUCAGCCCGGUGUCAUUGCUGGCAGACCCCAGAUUUGUCAGGGCUUGGAGGGGUGGCGUCGGGGAGUACAAGAUGGGAGGAAACUACGGGCCGACGAUUGCGGUACAGAAUGAGGCAGUGAAGCAGGGUGCUCAGCAGGUACUGUGGCUGUAUGGAGACCAGGAGGAAAUCACUGAAGUGGGAACCAUGAACCUCUUCAUCUACUGGACCACUAAGGGAGGAGAGAGAGAGUUGGUCACACCUCCUCUGGAUGGCAUCAUCCUCCCAGGAGUCACCAGACAGUCACUGCUGGAUCUGGCCCGAGAAUGGGGGGAGUUUAAAGUGACGGAGCGGACCAUGGGAAUGAACGAGCUGCUGGAAGCUCUCGAUGCUGGCCGUGUUCUGGAGGUUUUCGGGUCUGGUACUGCCUGUGUUGUCUGUCCUGUGGGCAGCCUACUCUACAAAGGAAAGACCUACGAAAUUCCAACCAUGAAGAAUGGUCCAGACUUGGCCAAGAGAUUUCACAAAGAGCUGACCGAUAUACAGUAUGGACGGAAGAAGAGUGACUGGGCACCCCUGGUUGUUUAAUUGACCUCAUCUGUCAAUCAAAAUCAACUUCCCAAUCAUGGCAAAGGAUGUAUCUUCCAGACCUCCAUCUUCACUCGUUAAUGCACUCUCACUGAUUGGUUAGUUGGCUGAGAUUGGCAGGUCAUUGAUCGUUACUCGAGGAGGUAAUUGGACUGUAUUGCUGUCUGUUUAAUGUGUGUUAACUUUUAAAGGGAUAGGUGUUAGUCAUUCAACGUGUUAGUCAAUUAAGUAACAAGUCAUGUUCAGAGCAUACUGGUACACUAAAUAUGAGUGAAACAGUUUCAGCUUCAAUGUAAAUAUGUAUUUUUAUCUGGCUGUAUAGCACAAAUCAUUAAUUAUUUUUUUCAUCCAUUAUACAAGCCUAUACACUCCUGAAAAGCACAAAUAUAUGAUCUGACCAACAAAACGUGCAAAAUAGCACAGUGUAUGCGACCAGUAUAUUGGCAUUUCAAAGAAAUCUACUUUCAUUUGGCAUUAAACAAACAUAUAUGCAAUUUAAUUUAGUAUCACUUGGAAAAAUAAUUACAUUUUUCUAAGUAAAACACAUCACAGCAUAUAGCAGUCCUCAGUGCAAUUAUGAAGCUGAAACCUUUCCACAGAUUUGGACAUGACAGUGUUUUGUUAAUGACUUCAUCAUUUGUACAUCUCCAGGGCUAUUAUCCAUUAUUGCAGGUUCUUUUUUUUCCCUAAAACCAUGAUGUUGUCAGAUAACUUGAAGAAGGUGGGUUACGUGUUUUGUAGGUUUCCAUAUGAAUUAUAUAUAUAUAAUUAUAUUUAACCUGAGGUGCUUCUUAACAAUGUCAUGUAAUAGGGUUUGUGCUGACCCAUAUCUGUUGAAAGCUGUGUGUGUAUGUAUGAAUCAUUUGUGUGUAUGCAAAUGAGCUGGAGAAAAUUGAAAAUAUACCACUAAGGCAAGCUGUUGUCGACCAAUGAGAGAGGGAGAUCAAAGGAAGCUAACGCGCGCACAAAAACAGGUGGAAUGUGGAGCGUAAGACUAAAGAAGAGGAGAGCGAGGACCGAACUUGAGAAGCCACUUCAAGCUGCUGCACUGUCGACACCACUGCCCUUGAAGUUGUGUCGCUGUAAACAUUUGUACGUUGUGGUAACGGUUUGUAGUGUUUUUUUAAAAAAAAAUGACUCCUGUUUUAAUUAGUAUUGCUAACUUGUUUUCGUCAUUAGGUCGGAAUGAUUGCCUCGUACGUAGGUUAUCUGUCUUCCUGCGUGUCUUUGUUUUUUUGUUUUUGUUUUUGUGGUUCUCUCGUCUUUUCUUUCAUUGACACUCCCCAUCUUUGACCCUUGCCUGGUAACACUCCGUCGUCGUCUCCUCUGUGGAAGUGCCUCAUCCUGUAUAAUGAUCUCUUACCGCGUGUGUUUGUCACAUUGGUGCACUGAGGGGUCUGCUCUUGUGUCCUCUUGUUGGGAUUUGGCCAUGUUACUCAAGCUCUGCUCUUACUGUA